AUGACCAUGAUGCUCGCCCUCUUUCACCGCUGGUUGCUGGCAACCUUGCCCGUCAUUCUCAUGCUCCUUCUCCACACCUCCACCUUCUCGACCGCCACUAUCUACCGCAGGGACACGCACUCGCUCGUGGUCCCGCUCACCUUCGAACCAACCUCCUCCCUCAUGACUGCUUCCAUCUCCAUCGGCACCUCGCACUCCACCUACAAUCUCAUCGUCGACACGGGCUCCCCCUUCCUCGUCCUUCAAAACUCGUCCUUCCACCCUAGCUCUUCCACGUUUGAUCCGCAGGGUGCCGGUCAGCCCGACCUGGGUGGAGCGACGGGUUACAUUACCACUAAGCCUCAACCGGAUGGAAAGGGACCUGUGAAACCUGCGAUCCAUUUCAUCGAAGAUCAAGCGUACCUGAAUGAGGGUAGUGGGGAGCGAGCGGGGGGUGGGGCUAAAGGUGGGAAUGUGACGAUCGGGUUGACCGAGUUGGGUGAUUUGAAGGGUGCGCAGGGGAUUCUGGGGUUGAGUCCUCCUUUGAGUCUUGUCAAACCUCCUGGCGGUCAAGGAGGGAGUGGUGGGAAGGGAAAGCGUUCCCCUCCUCAUCCUAGUGGUCAUGGUGAGGCGGGCAAACUGCCUUCACUAGAUACAUCCUUUCUCCACUCCUACCUCUCCCCCUCCCACCGUCAGGUUUUAGGCAUGACAGGUUCAUCCCACUUCUACAUCGACUUCUCCCCCUCCACCAUCACCAACACCACACCCACGGGCGAGAUCGUCUUUCCCCUAACCGGCACUUCCCUCCCUCAAACGUCUUUCGGUUACAACUACUCCAAUGCCAUCACCAUCGAUCCUUCCUCCGGAUCGACUUUCCCCACUCAUCCCUUCUGGGGCAUCGCACAUCGAAACGACCUGCAAUUCACCCUCAACGACACGCCUCUCCCGGACAUCCGUAUCGAUGCUCUACUCCUCGACAGUGGUACGAGUGGAAUCAUCGCACCACCUUCCGAAGUAUCCAAGAUCUUUUCGCUUCAGAACUCGAUCACCACGUCUUCUCCUGCAGGAACAUCCGCCGUUCUGGGCAAGACUAGCUGCGAAUCCGAUCUCAAGAUGGGAAUCUCGAUCGGUGGACAGAAAGUGCGUUUCGAAGCGGUUCGAAGAAGUGUCCAGCCGGAUGGACAAUUCGUGCAAUCCAAACACGACCGAGAAGAUCCCCAGGACGAAGACUGGACCAAACGAAGCACGUACGACGGCGUCAACCGCUGGAAAAGCUACCUCCUCGACGAUGCUGUCAAGGGCAUCCAAGGUCUCGUUCACGACCUCACCACUCUCCUCCCCAUCACACUCCGCAAACGAUCCAUCCACAAACGUCUCUCCCUCUCCCUCCUAACCACUUCACCCCCCUCCCCCCCUCCUAACCCUCUCGACCUCACCUCUCACAUCAAACCAAACCCAAAAUCCCAAACCGAACAGUGCCAACUCUCCCUCAUAGGCAGCCCGCAGGUAGAACAAAUGUUCCCCUCCAACAAAGACCUCAAAGUCUGGCUACUCGGCAUGGAGUUCUUCCAGUCCAACCUCGUCUACCACAACCUGGACACGUGCCAGACUGUCAUCGUUCCUAGAAACGACGCAUAA